AAUAGGAAGCAAUAGUUGAAAGGAAAAGGAGAUCAAAUAAUGGGAGAAAAAGUGGAGGUAUUUGGGGCAUGGUUCAGCCCUUUCAGCCGUCGUGUAGAAUUGGCUUUGAAAUUGAAAGGGAUUCAAUAUGAUUACAUUGAAGAAGAAAUAUACAAGAAGAAGAGUGAUUUGAUCCUCAAAUUCAACCCUGUUUACAAGAAGGUUCCUGUGUUUGUCCAUGGGGGAAAACCCAUAGCAGAGUCCAUUGUUAUUCUUCAAUACAUAGAUGAGAGUUGGAAGGACAAUCCCAUUUUGCCUCAACAUCCUUAUCACAAAGCUCUUGCUCUCUUUUGGGCCAAGUUUUUGGAUGACAAGGUGCUACCUUCAUUAAUGAAAGCAAGGAGAUCAGGUGAAGGAAAGGAUAGAGAAGAGGCAAUAGGUGAGGCAAGGGAAGGGUUAAGAGCACUUGAAGAAGAGCUUAAAGGGAAGAAAUUCUUUGGAGGAGAGAAAUUGGGAUUUGUUGACAUUGUUGCUAAUUUCAUAGCAUAUUGGAGUCAAGCCAUGGAUGAAGCUUUUGGUGUUCAAAUACUUACCAGUGAAUUGCAAAACCUUCCAAGGCUAACUCAAUGGUGUCAUCACUUUCUUCAACACCCCAUUGUCAAACACAAUCUCCCCCCCAAAACUCAACUUCUUGCCCUUUUUAAGUCUCAAUUUGUGGACACAAAUUAAAUGAUCAUGCUUCCAAAUGAACAUUCUUCAUGAACUAGGCCUACUAUAUACCACCUUAAUUAAGCAGCUUUUGUAAAAUGAUGUAUCUUCAAAUUUGAGAAUUAAACCUGCUGUCUCUUUGAUCUGUUUCAAUAAAUUUAAAUUGAAUCCUCUUGUUUGAAUA